AUGGCAGGGAAGAGCGUUGAUGCCAAGGCCGACGUGUGCGUCAUGAACGAUUUGGAUUAUCUUCUUCUCAUCCAAAAGGACAAACGUCAACCUUCGUCUGAUGAUCCUGAACCACAGCUUAUCGCCGGGGCCAUCGCCGCCUACUAUCAGAACAACUUUCGACGUACGCGGGCGGGUCUUCCCACUCUGCCAUUCAUUCUCAUGCCUGGCAUCACCAUGGUCGGCACCGCCCCCAUCUUCUAUCGCAUCCCUGUUUCGCCCCAGCUCCUGGAGGCUUUGGUCACGUCAACGUACCCCAAAGAAGAGACUGUUGUCCUCAGGUUCAUCCCGCCUGUCGCCAAUGUGGAGACAUACUUCUCUGAUGGCUUCCAUGGUGUGUCUCCUUUCACUUUGAUUCAUCUGCCGUAUCUCAUCCGCCUUGAUGCAGAAUGUAGCGCAGUCCAAAGUAGCACCUCAGGUCCAGGGAUAGACCCAAUGAUUUCUGUGUUUGCAUUUGGGGAUUCCGAGAACGAACUCGUAGUUGUUAUGAUAUUCAUGCCGAGGCUCACCGAUGUCCACCGGCUGAGCCAUGCACCUAAACUCCGAGUGGUCGGCUUCUCCAUUAUGCGAGAAGAUGACCUGGCGCUCGAGCUCGAGCUCGUUAACGUUGCUGUCGCGUUGUCGCGCUGGCGUGUCCGUGUGUCGGCGAGUCGGACUGCGCCUGGGUUCUCGCUGCGGGUUCGCCGCACACUGGCAUCGUUAGAAAGCUCCAAUUACUCGGUGAGGGCCAGUCGUCCUCACCACGCACAGACCCCACCCCCGUCUUCGUAUGCAAUUCUCCCAGAGCAAGCAUUCGACAUCAAUAUCACCGAGCUCGUUCGCCGCAUUGGCCUCGACGACGACGACGAACCCUCAACUGACCAACCCCAGAUUCCCCCAGCACCAAAGCCAUCCCCCAUCUCCACCCUCCCACUAGAAGUUCUUUCUCACAUUUUUACUUGCUGCAUACCCCAAGAGCAGUUCCCCGUACCCUGUCGCACAGAAGCUCCACUCCUGCUUACCCAUGUGUCAGGCUACUGGCGUGACCUCGCCCUGGCCCUCCCUCACCUGUGGACCGCCCUCCACAUCAAUUACAAAGACCCCGCCGACGACAUCGCCUUCGCCAGUCUCUGGCUAUCGCGCUCCGGGAACCAGCCGCUCAAUCUUUCCAUCGCCAUCGACUUUAACGAACGGCCUCAGCAAGGGAUCAUCGACGUGCUAUGCCGACAUGCACCGAAAUGGAAGCACGUUCGGUUCGACUUCCGGCACCUCUUUUGCGAGCCCAUGUAUUCCCUCGACCUCGCCCAGAAUAAUAUUCCCAACUUGAAGGCCUUCGAGUUCCAUGCGCGUGACGUUAGCAACACGAACGUGUGGCCCGUUACCCACCUGUUGUCGUCUGCGCCCCAGCUUCGGGAAAUCACCUGGGUCGACGACCUCGCGGACACCGACACCUUACUCGAGCUACCGUUGAACAACUUGACCCAUUUAUCGCUGGCGAUGGAUCAUGGCUCGCUCGACUACCUCGAGGUCUUGGAGCUGUGCGAGAAUCUAGAGCAUCUCAGGAUUAGCCGCCCAUUUUCACAUACACCGCCCGGCCGCCAGCCGCUCGUUCUUCCCGAGCUCAAAUCCGUCAAUAUUUCGUACGACCUGACGAGCGUUCUCGACCACCUCAUCCUCCCGGGCCUACGCGAGGUCAUAAUAUCCUCCGAUGGGGACAAGCAGAUCCAAGUGCAGCCACAUUCGUAUUCCCAGUCCCAGUCGCACCUACCGCCGCUGCCUCAUGCCUACGCACAAGGCCCCGUGCCAGCAUCCGCAUCCACACCCUCUAUCGCCCCUUCUGAGGCCCAGGUAGACGGCUGGGACCCCACAUCCUUGUUCUCCCUCAUUGACAAAUCAGCCUGUGCCAUCACGCGCUUGUCGAUCAACUCGCCGAUGACAGAGGACACGCUCGUGCGCUGCCUGCACAAGAUGAGUGCCUCGCUCGCCUCGCUGGCCGUGCACGGCGUGCCGGUGGGCGAUCUGCUGCUCCGUUCGCUGACGCUGCUGCCCCGGAGGCAGCCGGAGCACUGGGGGUUCGAGGCGUUUGGAGACUCGGACUCGGACUUCGGGGGCGAGUGGGAGAGUUUGUGCCCGCACCUCGAGGAGAUCAGCCUCGACACACGUGUGGCGAGUUCGCCGAACGUGCUUGCGGCGAUGGUAGAGUCGCGUUUGCAUCGCACGCGGGUAGAGAUGCCCGAUGGUCAUUGUAGGGCGUUGAGGAAGCUGAGGAUCGUAGACGGUCAUCGGGAUUUAGAGUGGUUGAGGGAGUUCCAUGUCCUCUCGCGCGUUCGUGGGGGCCCAGACCGCUGGAUGGCCGAUGGCAAGUUCGCGGUAGAGGUCAUCCCCCGUCGAUCGACAGCCAAGGUCCGGUCGAGGGCCUUCAUUUUCAGGAGAAAGUUCUGUGCCAGUCGCUGA